CGCGCGCGCGUCGGCCUCAGGUACGCGGACAAGAUGGCGGCGGUAGCGGUCGACAGCGCGAUGGAGGUGGUGCCGGCGCUGGCUGAGGAGGCCGCGCCCGAGGUGGCGGGCCUCAGCUGUGGCCUUCCCUUAUGAAACACUACAGCCCCACCGACUACGUCAAUUGGUUGGAAGAAUAUAAAGUUCGGCAAAAAGCUGGAUUAGAAGCCCGGAAGAUUGUAGCCUCGUUCUCAAAGAGGUUCUUUUCAGAGCACGUUCCUUGUAAUGGCUUCAGUGACAUUGAGAACCUUGAGGGACCAGAGAUAUUUUUUGAGGAUGAACUAGUGUGUAUCCUAAAUAUGGAAGGAAGAAAAGCUUUGACCUGGAAAUACUAUGCCAAAAAAAUUCUGUACUACCUGCGGCAACAGAAAAUACUAAAUAAUCUUAAAGCUUUUCUUCAGCAGCCUGAUGACUAUGAAUCAUACCUUGAAGGUGCCGUCUACAUUGACCAGUAUUGCAAUCCUCUCUCCGACAUCAGCCUCAAGGACAUCCAGGCCCAGAUCAACAGCAUCGUAGAGCUUGUUUGCAAAACCCUCCGGGGCAUAAAUUGUCGCCACCCCAGCUUGGCCUUCAAGGCAGGUGAAUCCUCCAUGGUAAUGGAAAUAGAGCUCCAGAGCCAGGUGCUGGAUGCCAUGAACUAUGUCCUUUACGACCAACUGAAAUUUAAGGGGAAUCGAAUGGAUUACUACAAUGCCCUGAACUUAUAUAUGCACCAGGUUUUGAUCCGCAGAACAGGAAUUCCAAUCAGCAUGUCUCUGCUCUACUUGACCAUAGCCCGGCAGUUGGGAGUCCCACUGGAACCUGUCAACUUCCCAAGUCACUUCUUACUAAGAUGGUGCCAAGGUGCAGAAGGGACAACCCUGGACAUCUUUGACUACAUCUACAUAGAUGCUUUUGGGAAAGGCAAGCAGCUGACAGUGAAAGAAUGUGAAUACCUGAUUGGCCAGCAUGUGACAGCAGCACUGUAUGGAGUGGUCAAUGUGAAGAAGGUGUUGCAGCGAAUGGUGGGGAACCUGCUGAGCCUGGGGAAACGGGAAGGCAUUGACCAGUCAUACCAGCUGCUGAGAGACUCGCUGGAUCUGUAUCUGGCCAUGUACCCGGACCAGGUGCAGCUGCUCCUCCUCCAGGCCCGGCUUUACUUCCACCUGGGCAUCUGGCCUGAGAAGUCUUUCUGUCUUGUCUUGAAGGUGCUUGACAUCCUCCAGCACAUCCAAACCCUAGACCCCGGGCAGCACGGGGCGGUGGGCUACCUGGUGCAGCACACUUUAGAGCACAUUGAGCGCAAGAAGGAGGAGGUAGGCGUGGAGGUUAAGCUCCGUUCCGACGAGAAGCACAGAGAUGUCUGCUACUCCAUUGGGCUCAUUAUGAAGCACAAGAGGUACGGCUAUAACUGUGUGAUCUACGGCUGGGACCCCACCUGCAUGAUGGGGCACGAGUGGAUCCGGAACAUGAACGUGCACAGCUUGCCUCAUGGCCACCAUCAGCCUUUCUACAAUGUGCUGGUGGAGGAUGGUUCUUGUAGAUACGCAGCCCAAGAAAACUUGGAAUAUAAUGUGGAGCCUCAAGAAAUCUCGCACCCUGAUGUUGGACGCUAUUUCUCAGAGUUUACUGGCACUCACUACAUCCCAAACGCGGAGCUAGAAAUUCGAUAUCCAGAGGAUCUGGAGUUUGUCUAUGAGACGGUGCAGAAUAUUUACAGUGCAAAGAAAGAGAACAUAGACGAGUAAAGUCUAGCAGAGGACCUUGUACCGUUGCUGCUGCUGCUAUCUUCCAAGAGAACAGGAUUCCGGAAGUCGUCUCCACGGAUCCCUCUGGGUUCACACCACCAGGAAAGCCACUUUCCCAGCAGGCUGGUUGCCUCCUCCUGAGUGUAGAUAACGUGUGCUCUCCUCCAGCUGCAAAGACAGUGUCGCUCCCCGCCUACACUAGUGAACUCACUUGAAAGGCACUGUGUUCUCUGGCAUGGCCUGUGUGCUUGUCCUGUGGUGACAGUGUGUGACAUUCUGUUUUCAUAAGGUCUCGCAGUCAACACUCUUAUAAUCCUUUUCAGUCACUUUCCAUUCUUAUGUGUGUCUCCGUUUGUCUGCAGCGUCGCCGUUGCCGGAUGUGGGCGGUGUUACGUGCCUGCCAUUUCCCUCGGCUCUGCGAGGCACGUGCAGUCCUAAGUCUGGAUGUCUGUCUGUUCACCCAGCAUUUCGUGGGCCAGUCAGAGGUCCAGCUAUACGCCACCCUGGCAGCAUCUCGGAGCUGGAGACGUUGGCUGGCUAGUGGUCAUUAGGAUCAUUUGAAUUUGUUGUUUUUUAAUAGGUGAAACCAAUUUUAAGCAUUUCUCUUUUUUAAAAAACCCAAAUCAAGAAAGGAACACAGUGUUCCAAGUUCCUCUCUUAGACUUAUGCAUAUCCCUACAAAUGACCAGUUUUUCAAUUUUCUGACCAGUUUUUGUUUGUUUUUUUCAUUACAUACAACUCUGAGGAAACUAAUAACAGUGACCUUUGUGAAUGGGUGUUUCUACAUUCGUCUACAGUUCCUCCAUUUAAAAUGACUACUUUAUUUUUUUUAACUACUCUAGUAUUAUGAGUAGAUCCUAAAUCUGUGAUGAGACAUACAGAUCUGACGUUAAGAGUGUCUGCUCUUAGAAAUCGUAUUUCAUGAUCUCCAAAGACAAAAAAAAAAAAAAGUUUUACAUUAUAAUGAGAAAACAAGAAAUAGUGAACCUUAAAAAGCUUUUUAGAAAGAAAAGAGAUUUCUUGCCCUUUAUUCCUUAGAAUCACUCAAGAGACCUUUCUGAAUGUGAUGGGUAGAGAUUCAGUGUCUCUAAUAUUAAGUGUGUUCGGUUAGUGGGAAAGGAGGUGCGUGUCUUUCUCAAGCCCAUUGCCCUGAAGGCACCAGGACAGAGCCUGUCUUCAAGUCUCAUGGGGAAGCCUGACUGCAUUCAGAGACCACA